UUAAAAGAUAAAACAAAUUAUAUCUACAUAUCAAAGACAUUUUACUGAUAGAUUCUAAAAGAUUUUAUUGAUCAACAAUUUUAAAUCCAAAUUGACAGUAGUCAGGAUAAAACUAUGUAAAAAUGAACUUGAUAUCAACAUCCUUUAAUAUCCAGUCGUUAUAACUUUUGCCGAAACUGACAACGAAUGUUUAAUUUAUCAGUCUUAUCGCUCUCAUUCUUUCUAUCUUUUCGAAAAUUUGGAGUUGUUUAUAAAAAAAAUGCUCACAAUAACCUCUCUCUCUUUGGUCCGUAUGUUCAUAACCGUAUGUAUUUCCUAUUUUCUGUAUGUAUGCAACCGUACGUGUUUCCUAACCGAUUUGAUGAAGCUCAGAUUUUCUUUAAAAGGUUUUGGAUUCCCAGAUUUUCUGAAUAGCCAACUUAUUAUGAUUAAGUAAUAAAUCGAAUACAAACGGAUAAUAAAUGUGUAAUAAAGACCAUUUCCCGGGAGUAUGAUUUUUGUCCGUGUAACGCUAAACAACUUUCUUCAUUGAAAUACAAGUAAUAUUUUAUAGCAUAGCAUAAAAACCACGAGUUCGAGCAUUUUUUUUUAAAGCUGUUACGCUACUAUUCUAUUGUAUUAGCAAAAUUUUACUAUUUUUCUCGAAAACUUUUACUACUGCAUUAAGCAAGAAAGCUAUGAAUAACAUAUAUUUUAUUUCACCACAAUACAAUUUAAAAUCAAGUGUAGGAUUACCGUAGGAAGAACUAUAAGAUGUUUAUUCCUAAUCUCAAAUAAGUUUAAAUUAAAUAGUCAUUCGUCUAAAAUUAUGAAUAAAGUUUAUUAAAAUCGUGAGAUGCUUUUGAAUUUUGCUAUUUGACCCCUAAUUAAGUUUGUUAAGAAAGGAGCAUCGAUUUGCGAUUUUUGCAAUUUGCUGACACUUUUUUUAUGGGCCAAGCGACAUAUUUAUUAAUUGUUAUGUCGAAUGGGAAUUGGGUCAUUUGCCGUAAAAUGUUAUGUUAUUAGAUUAAUUUUGCCUUCAGCGAUAGAUUUUUUGAUGUUUCAAUUUUCCCUCGUGUCAAGUUCCAUUGAAACAUGAUUCAAUUUCUACUGAGCCACAAUUUUCUCACUUGAAUGAUUUUUCUGUUGAUGGUUAAACUACGUCGAAAUUAUUCUUAUCCACUGUAAUUUGUAGAUCAUGUUGGAAAUUCAACAUAAAUUCAAACCAGCGCCUUUAAAGAUGUCGAAGAAAGCUGUACUGAGGAAAGAGUGUUUCUCUUCACUAAAGUAUACUUAAAAGACAUAAAUUAACAUAUUAAUUAUUGGAGUUACAAUUUUCAAUGUAGACUGGCUAUACCCACUAUUGUUUAGCCGUCUUUUGCAUUAUACUAUAAAUAUCGUUUUACAAAAGAGGGUGAGUGGAGAGUAGAGACGACCAAUGAUGUCGUAAAUUGAACAUGUAAGUUUCAUGAAAAUUACCUCAGACUGCGCUAUUUCCAAGUUAAAGAACAGAAUGGACGUCUUAGAAUCAUAUUGCAUAUAUUUAACAAGUGCUAAAAUGAAUCAUUAACAGUUAAAGUUGGAAAAGUGAAUCUUCUUUGAUGAAAGGAUUAAAGUUUUAAUUGAAAGAAAACCAAAAAAAAACAAUAUAGUAGAUAAUGUGAAUAGAAUACAAUGGAAAGUGUUGUUUGACGAUGAAAUUUUCAAGAACCAAAAUCACCAUUCUUGCAAAUACUUUCACCAUGAAAGCUCUGUCUAUGCUGAUAAUCAUCAUUUGGCGAAUAAUUUUCGUCUCAACGUCUUCGAUGCUGCCUUCAAUGGCUAUUUCCGGAGAGAUUUUGGAGACUUACAAGCCAGAGGGUGGAUUUUCAUGCAUUGCCAGCUACUUCAUGUGCAACGACUCAAUUUUGUGUGUAGCUCAGCAUUUGAAUUGCAAUCAGGAACCUGAUUGUUAUGACGGAUCGGAUGAGUGGAAUUGCGAUGAUCAAUCAGUGGAUUUGUUUUAUGAUCAUCUCUUCCGAAAGAACAUCGGGGCACUUACAGAUGAUAUUCCCUGGGGACAGUGUGAUUACAGUUUCCUCGAAUAUCCUGAUCUCAACAGUACGUGCAAGUGUAAGCUGAAAGAGGUUCACUGUCAAUUCCAAGGUCUGACGAGAAUCCCAUCGCCUUUACCCAGUUCUGGUAUUUCUCUUCUGGAAUUGAGUGGAAAUCGUUUUGCCACCCUUGACAGUGCUUUCUUAGAAAAUCUGCCACCAUCCCAAAAACUAACCCUCAAGCACUGUUCCAUUCGGGAGGUGAAAUCUCUAGCAUUCCAGCGAUUUAAAGAUGACUUUGUAGAUAUACUAUACUUGGAUCAGAAUCAAAUUGAAAUUCUACCAAACUUUCUAUUUCCUGAAGGGACAAAGCUCACAGUUCUAAUCCUCGCAAGCAACCGUAUCUUUGAGAUACAGAGCUUUGCAUUCGCGAGUCUUCAGCAUUUAAUUGAAUUAGACCUUCGGGAUAAUCGUCUCGCGGUGCUCACCGAAGCAGUGCUGGCGCCACUAAUAAAUUUGCAAAUUCUCUUCCUCAACGGAAACCGUCUCACAACUCUAACCAGUGGAAUGUUGCCGCAUUUGAAGAAUUUAAUAACACUCUCUCUGGCUGACAAUCAAAUUCGGCGCGUGUCGAAGAAUGCUCUCAAUCUCCCAUCUUUGGAACAUUUAUUCUUGUCUGGAAAUCAUUUAAUUCAAAUCGAUAACGACACAUUCUACCUACUUCCCAAUUUAACAGGACUAAAUCUGAACAACAACCAAAUUGAGGGGUUUCAAUUGAACGCUUUCAAUGGAAUUGAAAAUUUAACAUCAUUGUAUCUAUCUGGGAAUCCCUUCAAGACAAUUGAUCAGAGGGUUCUUCAUAAUUUAACCCAUUUGCAGCAUAUAUACUUUUCAUGGUUUCAUUUGUGUCGAGCUGCCAUGUAUGUGAGGGUAUGUGAACCACGAGGAGAUGGUAUCUCCAGUGAUAAGCACUUGCUCGACAAUCCAGUGCUGCGAGGCAGCGUGUGGGUGAUGGCUGCCGUUGGGAUUGUGGGGAACCUCCUGGUUCUCUUUGGACCUCUUGCCCUUGGCUCACGUGGCUUGUCUUGUCACAUUGAGCACACAAUUUAUCUUAGACAUUUGGCUGCUAGCGAUUUGCUUAUGGGGAUCUAUCUGGCAAUCAUUGCUACUGCUGAUAUAGCUUUCCGCGGGGAGUACCUACUUCACGAGGAGGAUUGGAGGCACAGCGGUACCUGUUCUCUCUGCGGGUUCCUGAGCACUCUGAGCUGUCUAUCGUCCACAUUAUUUUUGACGCUGAUUACCUGGGAUCGUCUUGUAUCCGUCACCAGACCCCUUCUUCCACGACCACCAAGUCGAGCAAGGGCUAUCGUACGUUUGGGACUACUGUGGUUGACCGCAAUAACACUGGCGGCUGCUCCAUUGUUUGGGAUAGACUAUUUUGGCAAGAAUUUCUAUGGUUCCAACGGUGUUUGUCUCAGCCUCCACAUCCAUAUACCCAAAGAUAAGGGUUGGGAGUGGUCAGCAGCGAUUUUCAUUGUGGCCAACACAGUCUCUCUAGUGUUCAUUGGGACAUCGUACAUGAAAAUGCUAAGUGCCAUCAGAAGUUCCGGUUCAGCCAUGAGGAGUUCUCAGAGUGGGCGAGAAAAUGUCGUUGCUCGUCGUUUUGCAAUUAUUGUGGCCACGAACUGUGCCUGUUGGCUUCCAGUCAUCAUUGUUAAAAUCGCAGCGCUUGCAGGUGUUCAAAUAUCACCAUCGUUGUAUGCUUGGCUAGCUGUUUUGGUGCUUCCUGUUAAUUCAGCUCUAAAUCCCGUCCUCUAUACAUUAACGGCAGCUGCCUUUAAACAACAGUUGACAAAGUUCGUCUACUCCCUACCUUGUGGCGCUGGCAUCGACUCACGCUCACAGAAUGGAUUCGAAUCUGCGCUGUCAAUAAGUCUGGGUCAUAACUAUCCGCAGCAGAGUAGCAAGAAGCAUUUGCUUCAACGACGGGUAAGCUGCACUACCCCACUUGCCAUUUCCCUAAACAACCACAGUAGCAAAAAACAAUUAAUUCAGCCGGUUAAUUCGGUUGAGAAGAGCCUAAUCUGAGAGGGGAACAACUAUUAUGUACUUAAGACACUAUAGUCAAUGUUUAUUACAUUUUAUCUUAAAAAAUAGUGUUUUGUGUUCUAUGUAUAGUUCUUUGUAUUAAAAUUAAUGUUAAGGGCUUCGCACAGAGUUUUUUUUUGAAGACUAGAAAAUCCUCUGCAAAACUUUCACGUUGAAAAUUUACUUAAGGCGUCUACACAUUGGGAGCAAUUUUCGUCAAAAAUUGCGUUUUUGACAGAAAUUUGACGUUUCUCCCUACAACGCUGCAGGGAAUUUCCUUCAAAAAAGCAAUUUUUGACAAAAAUUGCUCCCAAUGUGUAGAGCCCAUUAGACGCUAUGAAGGUUAUAGAGCUUUUGUCGCGAAUAUUCUAAUUUUUUUCAUCAAUACUUAAAAUUUCAAUAAUGAAUUAGUUUCUAUGCUAAAAAGCUCUGUGCGUUGAACCUUAUAUUUGAUGUAAUUUUUGUAAUAUUUCUCUCUUUUUUGUAAACAAUCUCAGGCCGUAGAUAUAUAUUUUUUAAAAUAAAAUUGGCACUUUAUCUCAAA